AUGGACGUGACCGCGCGCCUCUCGAGACACAUCUACGCCGAUAACCUGCUGACCAGCGAGGACUGGGAGCUGGACAGUCGCUUCUACGCCGAUAACCUGCUGACCAGCGAGGACUGGGAUGCCUGUCUGUAUCAGUGUGAGGAUAUGGAGGAGGAUUUCCCCGGAGAGCUGAAAUAUGACACAUCGCUGGACAGUGACCUUGUCCUCACGCUGGACCCUGAUGACCCCACUUCACCCUGGAAGAACCUGGAGAACAACUUCACAGGUGAAGUGUCAGUCAUGAAUAAUUAUAUGACUAAAACCAUGAUGGGAGUAUUGUUGUUUGCUCACGCUGUCUUCAGUGCAGCUGAGCAAACAUUAGGACUCUUCCUGUCUUCUCUUCUGUCUCAGGUGACUGUGAAGAGUGAGAACCCACCCACUCCUCCGUACAUGUGUGGAGACGUGCUGCUGCCGCCGCUGGCCAGUGUGGAGGUGACCCUCUCCAGCAUCACUGCUCCACACCAGCCCCGGACCAUACAGACACACACCCUCAGCAGCCUCGACACACACACCACAGUGCUCUCCUCAGCAGCGACGCUGAAGGCCAGCAGCAUUCUGAGCAGCAAGCCCCUGAUCCAGCCCAAACCGGUGUGUGUGGCUCAGAGCAGCAGUCCGGCCAAAGCUCUCCUCCUGCAGAGCGUCCCCAUCCCAGCCAUGGAGCAGAACACCGCCCCCGGUGAGAUCCUCCGCCUCCACAGGAACACACCCAACACCUCUCAGUGGAGGAAACCACUGCCUCAGAGCCUAGAAAGCAAGAGCCUGUCACUUUAUUAUUACCACGCUGAAAAUGUGAUGAAGUUCAUAGUGUGGUUGCUGCCAGCUCUGCUUCUACACCAUAUGCCUGACAACCACCAUCACAUCUUCCUUCCCACUCCAUUUGUCCUGUCUCAGCCCCUGCUAUUGUUGCUAUUGUUCGCUGUUGUUAAAAUGGAGCCUUUGUCUCCCAGCAUGCCUCACUGCACCAGCCCCUCAGCCCCGCCCCCCAGCAAACCCAUCAUCCCAGCGUCCAGCCUGCCCGGAAACAGCUGCGCUGACAUCGACAUGAAGGUCUUGAAGAGGCAGCAGCGUAUGAUCAAGAACCGGGAGUCGGCCUGCCAGAGCCGCAAGAAGAAGAAGGAGUACCUGCAGAACCUGGAGGCGCAGCUGCGGGAGGCGCAUCAGGAGAACGAGCGUCUGCGCAGAGAGAACCAAGCGCUGCGGCUGCGGCUCGCCGGGAGAGAGGCCGCUGAGUCUGGCAGCAACAAGGGAGCGCUGUGUGUGAUGGCUCUGUUCCUCUUCGUCACCUUCGGCCCCGUCAGUUUGAGAGACAGGUCGCUGGAAGCUGGACUACAGGAAGCGGCUGCUCCGCAAAAACAAAACAAGAAGAAGACGUGGUCCGUGUGUGUGAGCCUGCGCUUGUCCUUCAGGAAUCAGAGUGGUGUGUUCGGUGACGUCAAAGACCUGCUCCUGGAGGACAUAGACAGAUACUUCUCUGACUGCAGACAGUUCAACCGCUCCGAGUCCGUCAGGUUGGCGGAUGAGCUGCGUGGAUGGGUCCAUCGCCAUCAGAACAACAGGAAGUCUGAUAGAAAGGCGAAGGUUGUGAAGAAAACUAAAAUAGCUCAGAAAGCUCAGCACAGAAAGACAAACUUCUCCAGGUACCUUCCAAUUCAGGCUCAUCGCUCCAUCGAAAGUCAGCUGCAGGUGCUGCCCGGGCCAGAGAUCAGCUACAACGACUUCCUGGACGCUAUCGACCGGCGCGAGGACACUUUCUAUGUGGUGUCAUUCAGACGGGAUCACCUGCUGUUACCCGCCAUCAGCCACAAUAAAACCACUCGGCCCAAGAUGUCUCUGGUCAUGCCUGCCAUGGCCAUCAACGAUUCGGUGUAUAACUCGUCUCAGGGUGGCUAUGAAAUGAUGAUGCAGGUGGACUGUGAGGUGAUGGACACCCGGAUCAUCCCAAUCAAGUCCUCUGUAGUCCCACCCUCCCUCAGAGACCCGCCCCCCACUCCACCCCCUCACCAUCACCACGGCAACCACAGCUCCCUGCGCAGCCGGGCCCAGCCCCUGCAGAGACGGAGGAGCGCGGGUUACCUCCUCAGCCAGAGCGGAUCCGACUGAGACGAGCCCACAGAAGACCACGCAGAGAUAGCACUUAUGCGCUGCUUCCUUCCUGUCCUGUUAGCGCUGCUGUGUUUGUUCCUCUAGCAUCUGCUCACUUUUUAUACAUGCGUUGUUGUUUUUUUUCUUUUCUUUUUUUUACAGAUUUUUAUUGAGAUUAUUUAAAAACGAUAUGCUUCUAUUGGAUGUGUGUGAUAUAAAUGUUCAUUUGAAUAUAAUUAAUGAUUUUGUAUGUAUUCUUGUCCAUCACAGUCACACAUUUCUGCAUGUAUAUACUGUGCUCUGUCAGGUCCAGUAAGAAGUUUCCCAGAGCGAUCUCUCUUUCUGUCACUGAACCUGAUGGCAGAGAUUGUUUUUGACGUAAAUAAUAAGAGAUUUUAGGCGGUCACGGAAUCUUCUGGCUGCUUCUGUCCCGAACCACUAACAGGACACAGGACAGAGGUGACCGCUAACAUCUCCGCUCAUGCUUCAUUUAACUCGAGGGACCGUUGUAAAGGAUGAGUUGUGAUGCACCAGCCGCUGAUAUCUCUGUUCAGCUCUCUUGUGUUCAGAAGCAGAGCCGAGGCCGGAGGUACGUCUUCAUCACCCAGACUUUCACAGAAGUGCUUUUCUUCUCACUGAAGAUAUGUUUUCUUGUCUCCUCCUCUGAUGAUUUGUGUGUCUGAAACUGUCCCAUGAUGACCUGCUCUAGCAUGCUUCUGUCAUCUGUGAUGGAGAGAUAUUGUAUGAAAUGUAAACCUGCUUUUUUACUUUAUUUAAAAGAGCUUUCAUAAGGAAAACACUUCUCUUAUUUUCUCUUCCCGUCUGUAUGAGAAUUUUGAACUACUGUCUGUAUUUGUAGAGGAGAAAAUAAAUUUGAUAGUGUGUA